AUGUAUCUGUCAGCUGUAAUAAAGCAGAUCACUUGCACUCUAGUUCUUGGUCUAAAAGCCAGAAAUAUGUCACAUGACUCCAGUCGAUUCAAUAUCCUGGAGAGCCUCAUAUUCGGAAAAGGCUUCCAGGCCAAAAUAUUCCCGGAAGUCGUGGUUUGUCUCUUCAUCGCUCUCUUCGCCUCCGGAUUGGUCCAGCGAGUUUGUGUCACCACCUGCUUUAUCUUCUCUGUGGUGGAUCUCUACUAUGUCAACAAGAUCUCCUCUGGGAUUUACCAGGCGAUGACCCCAGCGGUGACCCUGGGGAAGGUGGUGGGGAAGAGUAAGAAGAGAUCCUGACCUCGCCCCUCCCCCCUCCGACUCUACAUUCCAC